GUCACACCUCAUCAUCAUCGUCCACGAUGUCGACUAAGGACGACCCUAGAGACGCUGCUCUUGCUACAAAAUUCACUCUGCCUCCGACAUGGUAUAGAGAAAGUGAGGGUCUUGGAACGUCUGGCAUGUUCCUCUCUGGCUUAAUCAUGGUGACGCGGAACAGGUACCUUGCCUGGCCUUCAGUUCUGUUCGGCCUGAACCAGUACUUCAACCAACAUCCCAUGCGCGCCAAGGAGGGAACUGGUGGUCUGUCCAAUCUUCUUCUAUGUAUCAGCGCCUUGGUUGCUUCCUACAUGCCCCUCUUUGUCAUCAACACACCCUCUGGCACCCCUCCAUCAUAAUAUUAUCUCGAACUUUUUGUAUUGCGGCUCCCUAAUGCAGCUCUGUUGGAUGGAUACAUCGUUACUUCGAAGCA